AUGAAGAUCUACAUCGACCCGUUCACCUACGAGGACCCCAAUGAGGCAGUGCGGGAGUUUGCCAAGGAAAUCGACAUCUCCUGUGUCAAAAUUGAGCAGGUGAUCGGAGCAGGUUCCCCUACAUCCUCACACCAUGCCAUCCAAACACCAUGGGACAGCCAUGAAGAGUUUACUCUUACUCUCAAAGGGGAGUUUGGUGAGGUGUGCAGUGGCCACCUGAAACUGCCAGGCAAGAGAGAGAUCUUUGUAGCCAUCAAGACGCUCAAGUCGGGCUAUACUGAGAAGCAGCGCCGGGACUUCCUGAGCGAGGCCUCCAUCAUGGGCCAGUUCGACCACCCCAACGUCAUUCACCUGGAGGGUGUUGUCACCAAGAGCACGCCCGUGAUGAUCAUCACUGAGUUCAUGGAGAAUGGCUCCCUGGACUCCUUCCUCCGGCAAAACGACGGGCAGUUCACAGUCAUCCAGCUGGUGGGCAUGCUGCGGGGCAUCGCGGCCGGCAUGAAGUACCUGGCGGACAUGAACUACGUCCACCGAGACCUGGCCGCCCGCAACAUCCUCGUCAACAGCAACCUGGUCUGCAAGGUGUCCGACUUCGGCCUCUCACGCUUUCUGGAGGAUGAUACCUCAGACCCCACCUACACCAGCGCCCUGGGUGGGAAGAUCCCCAUCCGCUGGACAGCCCCAGAAGCCAUCCAGUACCGGAAGUUCACCUCAGCCAGCGACGUGUGGAGCUAUGGCAUCGUCAUGUGGGAGGUGAUGUCGUACGGGGAGCGGCCCUACUGGGACAUGACCAACCAGGACGUAAUCAAUGCCAUAGAGCAGGACUACCGGCUGCCACCGCCCAUGGACUGCCCAAGCGCCCUGCACCAGCUCAUGCUGGACUGCUGGCAGAAGGACCGCAACCACCGGCCCAAGUUUGGUCAGAUCGUCAACACGCUGGACAAGAUGAUCCGCAACCCCAACAGCCUCAAAGCCAUGGCGCCCCUCUCUUCUGGCAUCAACCUGCCACUGCUGGACCGCACGAUCCCCGACUACACCAGCUUUAACACAGUGGACGAGUGGCUAGAGGCCAUCAAGAUGGGGCAGUACAAGGAGAGCUUCGCCAGUGCUGGCUUCACCUCCUUCGAUGUCGUGUCACAGAUGAUGAUGGAGGACAUUCUCCGGGUUGGGGUCACCUUGGCCGGCCACCAGAAAAAAAUCCUGAACAGUAUCCAGGUGAUGCGGGCACAGAUGAACCAGAUCCAGUCUGUGGAGGUUUGACGUUCGCCUGCCUCGGCUCACCUCUUCCUCCAGGCCCUGCCCCCUCCACCCCACAUGCUGGCCUCCCUGGUUCUCUGUCUACCGAAGGGUCAGCCACCUGCCAGGAGGCCACGGCAACAGGAAGAACCAAGCAGCCCGCCAGCCAUGAGACGUCACCAUGAGCACGUGCACUCAGAUGAUGG